AUGGAUAUCGUACGCAGCCUUUCGGACCAGAAACAUGUCCAGCGUUUCCAACAAGUGUGUGGCCUGGAAUUUCAGAAUGAUAGGAAUUUGUCUAAACAACAUUAUACAAUCAAAUAUUCUUUGCCAUACUAUCUUGCUGCCGUUGGUGCUUUCAUGGGAGACGAGAUUUUCUAUCUGACAUUUUACCCUUUUGUUAUUUGGAAUAUGGACUCUGUGUUGGGUCGACAAACUGUUUGGGUUUGGACCUUGGUGAUGUAUCUUGGACAAGCAACAAAAGACUAUCUCAAAGUGCCCCGCCCGCGUUCCCCUCCAGUUAUUCACCUUGAAACUCAUCAUUUGAAUGAGUUUUCGUUGCCGUCAACCCAUGCCAUGGCAGGUACUGCUAUGCCUGUUGUAAUGGCUUAUUUAUUGUUAUUACGAUAUGAGUUUCCAGUAUGGCUAGCUAUUAGCUGUGUUCCAAUUUGGACUGUAUUGACAUGUUUAAGUCGGCUGUAUCUUGGUGUCCACACAAUACUAGAUGUGUUAUGUGGUAUUGUGUAUGCUUUGGUAAUCAUGGCAGUCACAAUGCCUUAUUUAAGUGAGGUAGAUAUUUUUUUCCAGUCUCAUCCUUUAUCACCAUUCGUAGUCUGGAUUAUCUGUUUAGCUGCUGUCACUGUGUGCUAUCCUGCUCAAGGUAAAGAUGUUGCGAAAGGCUCAGGUGUUCGUAUUGUCGCUAUUUAUAUGGGAUUUUCUACUGGAAUGUGGAUGAAUUAUCAGUUUGGAUUAUCGACCAUACCCGAAACAUCACUACCAUACCACAUUAUGACCCCUUCUUUAAACUGGGUCAUUUAUAGUCUGCUUCGUUUUGUUUUCGGUGCUGUACUAUUAGCUGUUGUUAAACUUGUCCUGCAAAAAUUAACAGUACGUUACUUUUCUUAUUUGGCAAAUUUAGAAACGCCAAACAAGCUUCAUCCAUCAGUGGAAACAAGUUAUAUAAUUUCUACAUAUUCUGUUGUUGGCUUUUGCCUUACAUCUGUGAUUCCUUAUAUGUUCCAAUAUAUUGGAAUUUCCCGAUCAGCGCAGUCUGAGAUUUUUUAG